GGGCGGCGGCCCACGCCCCGCCACAUCACGAGCGCCUCCUCCUCAUCCCGCGGACAGGCGAUAAGUAGAGCCCCGAGCGCUGCGCUCGGCCUUCUCGUUCCGACGCUGUCUGCGAUUUCUGUCGUUGCUGUUUGAUUUUAAACUCUCAGGAUGACUCAUCAAUUCCCAUCCCUCACUGCGGAGCAGAAGAAGGAGCUCUCUGACAUUGCCCAGAGGAUCGUGGCUCCAGGAAAGGGAGUCCUGGCAGCAGAUGAAUCAACAGGAACCAUGGGAAAGCGCCUGGAGAAAAUCAACGUGGAGAACGUCGAGGAGAACCGCCGCUGCUUCCGUAACCUGCUCUUCUCUGCCGACCCCUCCAUGUCCAACUGCAUUGGUGGGGUCAUUUUCUUCCACGAGACGCUCUACCAGAAAGCCGACAGCGGCAAGCUGUUCCCUCAGGUCAUCAAGGAUCAGGGCAUUGUUGUCGGCAUCAAGGUUGACAAAGGCACAGCCGGUCUUACUGGAACAAAUGAUGAGACCACCACACAAGGGCUCGACGGCCUCUCCGAGCGUUGUGCCCAGUAUAAGAAGGACGGUUGCGACUUUGCCAAGUGGAGGUGUGUGCUGAAGAUCUCCGAUGGCUGCCCAUCAGCCCUUUCCAUUGCAGAGAACGCCAAUGUCCUUGCCAGAUAUGCCAGUAUCUGCCAAAAGAAUGGCCUUGUGCCCAUUGUGGAGCCGGAGAUCCUCACUGAUGGAAACCAUGACCUGCAGCGCUGCCAGUAUGUCACAGAAAAGGUUCUGGCUGCUGUGUACAAAGCUCUGUCUGAUCACCAUGUCUACCUGGAGGGCACUCUGCUGAAGCCCAACAUGGUCACUGCUGGACAGGCCUGCACUACAAAGUACACCCCUCAGCAGGUUGCCAUGGCUACAGUUACUGCUCUGAGGCGCACUGUCCCCGCUGCUGUGCCAGGCAUCUGUUUCCUGUCUGGAGGACAGAGUGAGGAGGAGGCCUCUCGCAACCUGAGCGCCAUCAACCAGGUGCCCCUCCACCGCCCCUGGAAGCUGACCUUCUCUUACGGCCGUGCACUCCAGGCCUCUGCUCUUUCUGCCUGGCAGGGUAAAGCUGCCAACAAGGCAGCUGCACAGGAAGCCUUCUACACCAGGGCCAAGAUCAAUGGCCUGGCUGCCAAAGGAGAGUACAAGCCCACCGGCUCGGCUGACACGGCCUCCAUGCAAUCUCUGUAUACGGCCAGCUAUGUCUAUUAAAUGCUGUGAACAUUAAAACCUCCUCCAAAAAAAGUGCACAUGGACCAAAUCUAUCUUCCCCCAUACCACCAACACCAGGGGGAGAUUUGUUAUGUUGAACUGUUUGUCUACUCAGUGAAAUGACUGGAAAUAAAUUAAGUGACUAUUA